GCGGUGCUGUUAUCAAUCAGGUAACCCAAGAAUCACUGUUUUGUGUGAUGAUAGAAAGUUCUGUCAAAAAGAAAAAAGAAAAGGGAUGUGUUACAUUAUAUGAUCAAAUAAUAGGUGGGUUUCAAAAGAAAUUGAAUUCUCGGAGGAAAGAUUUUUUACAGCAGUGGCGCAAAAGACAAUCUUCAAUAGGCUUGUUAAAGCUUGAAUCAGCUAAACAGGAUUCCGAAGUAUGA